AAAAAAAUGAAAAAGUAGAAAAUAAGACAAAGGACAAGUAGUCAAUGAAAACUUGCCUAUUUGAUAAUCGAAAAUUCUCUAGUAGUUGGAUUCAUCUCUUUGAUUUUCUGCAACAAUUUUGAAUCAGCUAGCCGGAAACGUUUGUGAAUUUCUCUCAAACAAUAUCAAAUCGCGAGUUUCAGUAAAAAAAUAAAACCGAUGAAAAACCCAAUCGUUAGAUCUUAUGUUAGAUCAAAAGUGCCGCGAUUGCGAUGGAACUCGGAUCUCCACAACUCUUUUGUUCAAGCCGUUGAACAACUCGGUGGAGAAAAUAGAGCAACUCCUAAGAUGGUUUUGCAGUUAAUGGAUGUAAGAGGACUCACAAUAUCACAUGUGAAGAGUCAUCUCCAGAUGUAUAGGAGCAUCAAGCUGGAAGAAUCCAUGCAAGAAAAGAUAUUAGCAAAGAGAAGUGUUAGAGUGACAGGGCAAGUAACUUGGUGGCAAUUUCAACAGUACCUUCAUAACUACCAACGCCUUCGAGGCAAUGCCAACUUUUUCCAAAAUCACCAAAGGCAAGAAGAGGAAAUGUAUGAAAAAAUUAUAACAUUUGGAGAAUCAAGUAAUGAAACUAAGGAAGGACCAAGCGACUAUUUUACCUGCAAGUCUCUCUAUGAAUCAUCAAGGGCUCCGCAAAAUAAAACUAGAGAUGAUGAUGAAAAUGGUGAUGUUGUUGUUGCUAUUGAUGAUGAUGGUAAUGUUGUUGGUGAAGAUGAUGAUGAUGAUGUUACUUUGUCACUAAACUCGAUAAAAGUUUCAAAAGGUGAAGAAGAAUUGUCCCUUGAGCUCACUCUUGGUCUCAAAGCAUAACAGGAUUUUGAUUUUUUUUUUUGUAGAAACCGUUGGAACUAUGUUGUAGAUGCAUGUAUCAAAAAUAUUAAUAAAAUGGACAUAAAUAAA